AUGGCUGCCUAUUGGGUCCGAACACCACCUGCUGCUCGGCACAGAGCGAUGCUCGCCCUUCCCCCGCACAGCUCCCUUCCCUUUACCAUGCCCGCCCGCCACAAACCCCUUCCCUUUACUCCCAAAUCACUGCAGGGGUUCGAAGCAGGCGGGCAGGAAACCCCCUCCACACUGCAACCAUGGCUGCCUAUUGGGUCCGAGCCCCAUGUGCUGCUGCGCACGGAACGAAGUUCGCCCUUUCCCCGCAACCCCAUCGCCCUGCGCAUCGACAUCCACUGCUCUGAUGUGCCACCGCAGCAAGAAAGCGAGCAGAGAGUGGGCGAUCAGCACUUGAGGCUACCCUCGCAACGAGAGAAGAGGUGGCAUGAGCAGGCUGUCCGCCGGCUCUCUGCCCGAGGGGAGGGAUUGCACAGGCGUGUGGUGGAAUCCCCUCAUUUUCCUGGGGAUGCCACUGGGGUGGGCGCGUGGGCGGCUGUGAGGCAGUGGCUUGGCGGGUUGCUGGGGCUGAGCCUGGGAGACGCAGAUUCGCUGGGAGAACCGACAGGGCGUGGCGUUGGUGGUGGUGGCAACGGGAGGGAGGGACACGGAGAGGAGCGGAAGGAAGGCAAGGAGGGAGGGGUGGGAGAGGAUGCAGGCAAGGGAGAGGAGGGGCGGGUGUGUGAGGAUGGUGUGGGGGUGCUCAAUCCCGGCUACUGGGGCAUGAGCAUAGAGCAAAGCCAUACAUACAACAUCAUCCUACACGCACGUGCCACGGCCCCGCUCUCCCUCCGCCUCUCCUUCCUCUGCUCGCCCGCUCUCCCUCCCUCUCGCCGCCUCUCUUCGGUCCCCUCUGUCGGCUCAGCUCAUAUCAGCAACCCCACGCCAUGCCACACCAUGCCCUCACCUUACCACAUUGAAACCCCCUUCUUUUCACUACCCCACAUUCCUUCCUUCCCCAUGCGUGCCCAAUACUCUUGUCUGGUGAUACACAACUGCCCGUUAUUAAUCCCCUCCUUCUCUGAUGCUGCCAGCCUCAACCAAUCCAUGGCUGCCACGUGGCACCGCUAUGAGGCCACUGUUGCUGCGACUGGCACAUGCCACAACGCCUCGCUGGCUAUCACCACUGGCAGCAUGACACGUGGCACUCUGUGGUUGGACCAGAUCUCAGCCAUGCCUGCUGAGACAUUCAAGGCUCACAGCAUGCAAGGGGACGUAGCAGGCAUGCUAGAGGCUCUCUGCCCCGGCCUCAUGCGCUUCCCAGGGGGCUGCUACGUGGAGGGAUCUCACGGCAUGCGCAUGGAUAUAGCCACCAUGCUCCAGGGCCUCUCCCCCGGAUUCAUGCGCUUCCCUGGGGGCUGCUACGUGGAGGGCGUGCGGCUGGCCAAUGCCUUCCGGUGGCGCUCCACCAUCGGCCCUUGGGAACUCCGCCCGGGCCACUUCAACGACCGGUGGGGGUAUUGGUCGGACGACGGGUUGGGGUUCUUUGAGUAUCUACAGUUUGCAGAAGACCUUGGCGCCACUCCCAUCUGGGUGUUCAACAGCGGCAACAGCCACACUGACAGCGUGUUCACAGGUGCCCUCGCUCCCUUCAUUCAGGUCACCCCAUUCGCAUCUCCCUCCUUCUCACCUCUCCCUCUUCCAUGCACUCCCAUGCACCCGUGCGCUGCCGUGCAGGCAACAGCCACACUGACAGCGUGUUCACAGGCGCCCUCGCUCCUUUCAUUCAGGGGCCUAUGUCCCUCUUUCGUGCUCACCCACUCCUCAACCCCCAUCCUCUGUGUUCCUCUCUGCCACGUGGCGCCACAGGAGGUUCUUGACGGAAUCGAGUUCGCACGAGGACCGUCGGAUUCGCGGUGGGGAGUGGAGAGGGCGGCCAUGGGCCAUCCUGAACCGUUUGAUCUGCGCCACGUGGGCAUCGGGAAUGAGAACUGCUACCAGGACAACUACCGAGGCAACUUCCUUCGUUUCCGGGCGGCAAUCAAGGCGGCAUAUCCCGACAUGGCGGUGGUGUACACAUGUGACGUCAGCAAGGGGCCUCUUGACCACCCUCCCACCGACCUCUACGAUUUCCACUGCAAUGCAGCGCAGUGUGAUGCAGUGCUGCUCGUGGUUGCCACAUGGCUGCAUGUGCUGGACCUCUUAGACGUCUCAACACGUGACUCCUAUGGUACAGCAGAGGGGAUCUUCAGCUUGGGUCAUUACUUUGAUGACAUCAGCAGGGAUGGACCCAAGGUGACGUGGCGUGCAGGGAUGCAGGCCUUUCUGAGCGAGUUCGCAGUGCAAGGGGGGGGAGGGGAUGGCAACGUGCGGGCAGCAGUGGCAGAAGCGGGGUUCCUCAUUGGGCUGGAGAGGAACAGUGACGUGGUGGCAAUGGUCAGCUAUGCGCCCUUGCUCGUCAACGUGCAUGACAGGAGCUGGACGCCUGACCUCAUAGCCUUUGACUCGCACCGCCUCUACGGCACGCCCACUUACUGGCUGCACCGCAUGUUGCCCGCGUCGAAUUAG